UAGGUUCGCAAAACGCGUCCCGGAAUAUUGAGAGAAAGGGGAAGAGAGAUUUAUAAAUGUUGAGAGCAAUACGCAAGUACUUUGAGCUAGCGGAUCGAGAGCGUUGCUUAUCAUGCAUAUGCUUGGGAAGAAGGAAGGAGGGUUGUAGAAGAGCAAGCAAAUCCAUAGCAAACAUCAGAUAAUACACACACACACACGCUCACGCUCUUACUAGCUAUAUAUAUAGGUAAUACAUACAUAUAUACAUUCAUAGAACGUGUACGAUGGGUCUGACGGGGUUGAACCAGAGAUCCAAGGCAGUGGCAGUAACUGCAGCUUGGGUGGUGCUUUGGGGCCUCUUCACGGCAAGCGACAUCGGCAAUGCAGAGAGGCUCCUGAGAUCAACGGAACCUGGAUAUUCCGUUGAGAAAGAAAUGAGACAAGGAUUUGCACUCAGACUGUUUCAUUUCUUCUGGCAGGGAGGCAAAUCUUCUUAUGAACAUGUUUGGCCGGAGAUGGAAUUCGGAUGGAGACUGGUGGUGGGAUCAGUGGUCGGGUUCUUUGGUGCGGCUCUAGGCAGCGUUGGAGGGGUCGGAGGCGGUGGAAUUUUCGUUCCAAUGCUUACAUUGAUCAUUGGUUUCGAUCCAAAGUCUUCCACAGCCAUAUCUAAAUGUAUGAUAAUGGGGGCUGCAGGAUCGACAGUGUACUACAAUCUAAGACUAAGGAACCCAACACUAGACAUGCCUCUAAUAGACUACGAUCUUGCAUUGCUGUUUCAGCCUAUGCUCAUGCUGGGAAUUAGCAUUGGCGUUGCAUUCAACGUCAUGUUUGCUGAUUGGAUGGUCACUGUUCUCCUCAUCAUUCUUUUCAUAGGUACAUCAACUAAAGCGUUAUUCAAAGGCAUAGACACGUGGAAGAAAGAGACGAUGAUGAAAGAGGAAGCAGCCAGGCAGUUGGAAGCGGAAUCAAAACCAGGGGACGAAUACAAACCACUACCCAGUGGUCCAGCUGUUUCAGGAGAUGAUCAGGUUUCUUUGCUACACAACAUUUACUGGAAAGAAUUCGGAUUACUAGUGUUUGUUUGGGUAGCUUUCCUCGCAGUUCAGAUCAUGAAGACAUAUACAGUGACCUGCUCCGUCAAAUACUGGAUUUUGAACUCGUUGCAGGUACCAAUUGCUGUCUCUGUUACGGUUUAUGAAGCCAUAUGCUUAUGCAAAGGCACCAGAAUUGUUGCAUCCAAGGGAAAGGAAAUCACAAAUUGGAAGGCACAUAUGAUUUUCCUUUACUGUUGUUGUGGAAUCGUAGCUGGCAUGGUGGGUGGACUUCUUGGGCUAGGCGGAGGCUUCAUCUUGGGACCCCUUUUUCUAGAACUGGGGAUUCCUCCUCAGGUAGCAAGUGCAACAUCAACCUUUGCAAUGGUCUUCUCAUCCUCCAUGUCAGUUGUACAAUACUACAUGCUGAACCGUUUCCCAGUCCCAUAUGCUUCUUUUUUCGUAUUAGUUGCUACAAUUGCUGCCUUUACGGGUCAGCAUGUAGUGAGGAAGGUUAUAGCACUACUUGGAAGGGCAUCAAUAAUAAUCUUCAUACUGGCCCUGACAAUCUUCGUGAGCGCGAUUAGUUUAGGUGGUGUUGGAAUAGCAAAUAUGAUUCAAAAGCUGGAGAAUCAAGAGUACAUGGGGUUUGAAAAUCUUUGUAGCCAGUCUUAGAUAUGCUCUGAACCGCUAUGGCUGUGGAAUAUCUCACUGUCACUGGGAAUGACUCUAUCCCCACUACUGCUUCUCUUUACAUAGUCAAUCAUUUGUCAAUGGGUUUUCAAGCAAAUAGUGUAAUUUAUUUAUGUUCGUGGAUGCCCACUUCAUUGUGCCAUUGUCUGCUUAAACCUCCGUAUGAAGCCACCGUCUUUAAUUAUGCUAAAAAAUUGGCAAUGAAUUUGUUUAAUAAUUCUGUAAUAAAUAAAAAAAUUCAUUUUGUGCAA